AUGCCUCCUGGUAACAGUGCUCAGAAAGUGCGCGUGGAGGAGGAGCUGGAGGCGUAUCCCACAGAGUCAGUUGAUCUCCGCUGCCAGUUCAUCGAUGGAGGGGGCCGGACUAAACUCACGCAGGUGUCUUGGAUAUGGGAACCUAUUGACGGUCAGAGGGACAACAUUGCUGUAUUCCAUCCAACCUAUGGACAGAGUUUCCCCAACCCAGCCUUUAGGGACCGAGUUGUCUUCCUCCACCGCACCCUGGAGAACCCGUCCAUUAGGAUUUCUAACCUAAAAAUGUCCGACGCCGGCCGCUAUACUUGCGAGUAUGCCACCUACCCUUCUGGAAACGAACAAGGGACCACCACCCUUACCAUGCUUGCCAAACCCAAGAACACCGCCAAAGGGGUAACCGUCCAGGCUGGCACCAAGUCAGUGGUGGUGGCCCAGUGUGAGGCGGCGGACGGCAAACCGGCAGCUACCAUCAAGUGGUUGGCAUCUGUCGGAGGGAACCAUUCGACCAGCACCACGAACGGGCCGGACGGCACAGUGACGGUACGCAGUGAGUAUCGGCUGGUUCCAACGCCGGCCGACGACGGCAGGGAGGUCACGUGCGUCGUCGACCAGAGGACACAGGAACGGUCAUGGGUUCACCCUGUCAAGCUCUCUGUGGAGUACCCCCCAUCUGUGUCCAUAGAGGGGUACGACAACAAUUGGUAUGUUGGCCGCUCGGACGCCGUCCUCGUCUGCACGGCCAACGCCAACCCUGCGCCCACCACCGUCACCUGGACCGCGGUGUCCGGUCCUUUGCCAGACACGGUGGUGGUGGAUGGCAACAAGCUGACAGUGAGGAAGGUGGACGACGCCGUCAACACCACCUUCAUCUGCGAGGUCAAGAAUAAGCAUGGAGCCAGCAAGCACCAGAUCACCACCAUCGUCAUCGAAGCCUUGGAGGACCCGUCCAGUGCCGGCGUCGUGGCGGGCGCCGUCAUCGGCUCCCUUCUGGCCCUGCUAUUGGUUAUUGCGCUCAUUGCCGUUCUCCUGACCCGCAGCCGCCGGCAACAGAGGCGUGGUUAUCCUAGCAGCGGGGACUCCAUAGCAACGGGCAGCGGUGGCAGCAAUGGCACAGAUUAUGGUAAUAAAGCUCGCCUGCUCUUCAGUGGCUCUGGUAACAACAGCAAAAAUGGGACCGGUGCAAACAACAACGGGCCCAUGUACACGUAUCGGGAAGGAUGUGACGCCACGGGGACUCUGACGGAAAAGGCUAACGACUUCCACCAUCAUCACCUCCACCAUCCUUCAGCUGUCAACGCCCCCUCCGCACACGAUAUCCUCCUUAGCGGCGAGAUUGACGAGGGCGAGAGGCGGAAGUUCGACCUGGAUGACAGCAUGGAGGAAGAGGAAGAGCGAUACGAUAGGUUCGGGGAAGGCGGGGACGCGCUACCCCCAUCGUAUCACGUCCGCAGAGGCCACGGCGAUGAGGAAGAGAUGGGCGUGUACCUCGACGAUGAUAUGGAGUCUCAGAGAGAUGGCUCGGUUAUUUCCCGGACUGCCAUUUAUGUCUAA